AUGAAGGGAGAAGGCAAGCUGUUAACGGUGAAUUGGAUUCCUUGUAACGGGAAACAGAUUCUGGAGCAUAUCGACACGAGUUCGGGUUCAUGGAAGCAUGCUUAUCAGUUGGCAUCGAUAAUAGAAUGGGAGAAUAUCCUAACUAGUUGCAUAGACCGCACGAGUUUGCGGAUUGAUGACACGUACCAAUGGAAGUUAACUGUUAGCGUGACAUGUUUGAGCGACGACGGUAAUAUUCGGGAUUUAGGGUUGGAAGGCAGCAUACAUGCAUUAAGGAAUCUUCAGAUGCCCAAAUUGGAAUGGGACAAGGAGCGUCGCUGGUGGAGAGAGAAUAAGACAACAACCAAUUUACAAUUGUUAUACUGGCCAUUUUCCGUCACUCUUAUGAGAUCUGAACAAGGGGUAUGGAUUGACAGAUUGACAGCUGAAAUUGAAGGGCAAUGUGAUGCUAUGGUGGUGGUCACGAUUCUUAGCGAUAUUUAUACAAAGACCCCAUACAAGUCUUGUAUAGAUCACUUAGGUGUUAUUUCAUAUUUUGACUUGAAGAAAGUUUUUGACCAAGCCUGCACAAUCUGUCUGGCAAAAGUAACUCAAACGGUAGUAGCGGGAAGCUGA